AUGUCUGUUCUACCAUUUACUCUCAAAGAUCCCUCCCUCCUUCACGAGGCCUCCCUACUGAACGGAGAAUGGGUCCAGGCGCAGUCGGGGCAGCGGUUUGAUGUAGAAGGCAAGUUCCCAAUAUCGCGAUCAUCAUAUGUCGAGACAUCGCAUGCAGCUUUCACUUCGUACCGUCAGACAAACCCAAGAGAGCGGGCAAAGAUACUUCUCAAAUGGCACGAAUUAAUCUCAAAUUCCCGAGAGGAUAUUGCUAAAUUAGUCGUUUGGGAAACUGGGAAGCCGAUGGGCGAAGCUCUUGGAGAAGUUGAUUACGCUCUAGGCUUUGCUUGGUGGUUUGCGGGUGAGGCUGAGCGAAUCCGGGGUUCUGUAGCACAGCCAUCCGUUUCAAGCCGCCGCAUCAUCGUCAUCAAGCAGCCUAUUGGUGUUUGCGUGGCCCUUGUUCCCUGGAACUUCCCAGUGGCAAUGAUUAUCCGAAAGGUGGCUGCUGCUAUUGCUGCCGGCUGUUCUAUCAUUGUUAAGCCCUCCCCCGAGACUCCCCUAAGUAUCAUGGCGCUUGCAGAUCUCAUUCAACGUGCUGGUCUGCCAGCUGGAGUCCUCAAUGUUAUUUCAACGGAUAAUAUCAACACACCAGAUGUCAGUGAAAAACUCUGCAAACACCCUCUUGUCCGCAAGGUCACUUUCACCGGCAGUACAGUGGUUGGAAGCAUCGUUGCCGGACACUGUAGUGUGGGGUUGAAAAAGCUCACGAUGGAGCUAGGCGGCAACUGUCCUUUCAUCAUUUUCAACGACGGUGACUUGCACCAAGCUUUGGCGGCCCUUAUGAUUCUUAAGUGGCGUACAGCUGGCCAGGCGUGCACUCAUGCCAAUCGAGUCUAUGUUCAAAGUGGAGUCUAUGAGAAGUUCACUGAGAUGAUAGUCGAUGCCACCAAGAAGCUCAAGGUUGGGCAUGGGGCCGGAGAAGACACCUCCAUGGGUCCCCUCACUACAGGUCGAGGGAUCAAGAAACUUGAAUCCCAUGUUUCUGAUGCCAUAAGCAAGGGAGGCAAAGUCCUUUGUGGUGGAAAACGACCAGAUCAUCUCGCCAAGGGCUAUUUCUUUGAGCCUACUAUCAUCUCUGACAUGUCUGCGGAUAUGCUGACCACGAAGGAAGAGAUCUUUGGUCCACUUCUUGGCCUCUAUAAGUUCGAGACCGAGGAGGAAGUUGUCAAGGCAGCAAAUGACACUUCAAUGGGGCUGGCGUCAUAUUUCUUCACAAGAGAUACAAGCCGGACAUGGAGAAUGCUCGAGAAUUUGGAAGCUGGAAUGAUCGGCAUGAACACAGGAAACUCCUCAUGUGCUGAGUCUCCCUUCGGAGGCAUAAAGAUGUCUGGAUAUGGCAAGGAAGCUGGGAAGGAUGUCGCAAUCGAGGAAUAUCUCAUUCAAAAGACUGGGACUCUAACCGUGGAUUCAGAAUAG